AUGUCGACCACCAAUUUCAACGUUACGGAGCAUACCAUCCCCGCGGGCCACAUUCGCGAGUAUGCCGGCAGCACCGCCAAUAGUCAAGAGGAUGUGUUGCAGCUCCAUGUGAAACAGUACACUCCUAAGGAGCAAUCACUGCCCCUGUCCUCGAAUGCGGUGACCAUCGUGGCAGCCCACGGGGUUGCCCUGGCUAAGGAACUGUACGAGCCAUUGUGGGACGAAAUAUGGCAGCGUUCAAGACAGCAUGGAAACGUGCAGAUCCGCAGUAUCUGGAUUGCCGAUAUGGUCAAUAUGGGUGGCAGUGGCAUCCUCAACGAAGAUAAGUUGAGCACGGAUUUCUCCUGGAUGGAUUGUGCCCGAGACCUGCUAUUAAUGGUUAAUCACUUCCGCGAUCAAAUGCCUCGACCGAUAGUUGGGGUGGGCCAUAGCUUUGGAGGCACCAUUAUAACGAACCUAGCAUAUCUGCAUCCUCGUCUCUUCACGACGGUCAUCCUCUUGGACCCCGUCAUUCAACUAAACCCGCCACCCAUGGGCUUUGGGACCGAGCCCCCCAGCGCAAUUAAUUUUACCUUAUACCGUUCCGACGUUUGGCCAAACCGUAAGGCGGCUAUGGCCACUUACGCAAAGAUCUUCCCCGCUAUGGACCCUCGUUGUCUGGAUCGAGCGGCCAAGUAUAUGUUCCGCGAUCUGCCCACAGCUUUGCAUCCACUCCCGGAAGGUAGCGAUACGUCCGACCCACCCGUUACGCUGACUACUACCAAAUAUCAAGAUCUGCUGGGUCAGAUCCGCGAGAAUUUCUCGGCCCGUGCCUUAGACGGCUCUAUCCAAAUCAACCGUCGCACGCACGCAGAUAUGGAUCCUCUGGCUGCCUUCAUCCCUAUGUAUCGUCCAGAACCACGCAGCACGUUCUAUAAGCUUCCAAGUUUGCGGCCGUCGGCUCUCUGGCUUCUCGGGGGAAAUACCUAUCUCCGUAUAGACGAAAUCCGCCAGGGUGUCCAGAUCUGUGGAACAGGGGUCGGUGGCAGUGGAGGAAUUUCUCCAGGGAGGGUUAUGGAAGUGAUCUUGCCUAAAGCGGGUCAUCUCUUCCCAUUUGAGAAUGUGGCCGACGCGGCUGAACAUUGCUUCCAGUGGUUAGAUCAUGAAAUGGCGCACUUCAUUCGUUUAGAGCGCGAGUGGGAAGAAAAACGCCGGUCUAUGAGCAAGCGCGAUCAUCUUGUCUUAGGGGAGGAAUGGUAUAAAGCUAUCAAACCGAUCAGCGCUUUCCGAGCUCCGAAACCGAAGAAGGAUAAGUUGUGA